AUGGAACAUUCUCGUGUAGUUUCCCGUAUCCUCGACUUUGUGAAAUGCGCGUUCGGAUACGAGAAGAGUUACCAUCCAUUAGCUCUCUGGAUCCUUGUUAGCCCCAGUUCCACGGCGGGGUUCUGUAGACCACCUGGAUCUGUGGACCAUCUGGAAGAGGAUGGUCCUAUAGUAACCGAGUCACAUUGUGUGGAAGACACCUACUAUGCCGAAGAGGUUCCCGUCUGUGAUAGAUCAUCUACGGAGGACGCGGCCAAAUAA